AUGCUCUUGUUUGAAGGCGAACCGCUCCUGUUCUUUCUUUUCAUUAUUUCUGUGCUCAGUUUACUGAUUGGUGGAUGCCUUUGGGGAUCGGGUGAAGAUGCGAACCAGCGGAGUAAAAUGAUCGCCGGGAUUGUGCUCUUUUCCAUCGGUUGUGCCACCACCAUCAUCUUUAUCGCCUUGUUCGCGUACAAACGCGUGCACAAGAAGAAAAAACGACGACGAGAAAUUGAGAAAAUUUUACAAAUGCACGAUCCCAAUGGGACCGUUGGUAGCACAUUGGAUAGAAACCAAUCGACCAAAGGUGAAGUUUAUGAUAAUCGUGGUGCCGAUCUCCGAGAUGGGCUUUCAACAUUCUAA